AUGCAUAUCCCUACCAAGCGAACUGCUGUCGUUCAAGGCGACGAUGGUUCCUUACGGAUCGAUGAGAAUGUGCCCAUGCCGCAGCCUAGACCCAACGAGCUCUUGGUGCAGGUGAAGGCUGUCGCCAUCAACCCAUGCGACCACAAAAUGUAUGAACGAUUCCCUUGCCCUGGCGCAGUCGACGGAUGCGAUUUCGCUGGAAUCGUUGUUGGAUUGGGAUCCGACGUUACGGCCUUCAAAGUCGGCGACAGGGUGUGCGGAGCUGUCCACGGAUCCAAUCCGAGUCGGCCGGAGUCCGGAACGUUCACCCAGUACACCGUAUCCGAGUCCGAGUUUACGCUCAAGCUCCCGCCCAAUAUGUCAUUCCGACAGGCUGUUGGUCUCAGCACGACGGGGCUCAGCACACUGGGGAUGGCAAUUUACAAGGGUUUGAUGUUGCCGGGAACCCCCAUGCAACCAGCCGAAAAGCCCCGCAUGGUGCUGGUUCAUGGGGCCAGCUCGUCGGUCGGAACAAUGGCGUUGCAGCUCCUUCGCCUGAUAGGACACAUCCCCAUUGCCACCUGUUCGCCGAGGAACUUCAACUUGGCCAAGAAGUACGGCGCAGAGGAAGUCUUUGAUUACAACGAUCCGGACUGCGGCAAGAAGAUCAAAUCUUACACUCGCGACACGCUGUCCUACAUCAUCGACCCUUUUACGGACCUCAAAAGUGUUGCUCUGUGCUACGAAGCGAUGGGACGAGCAGGGGGCCGCUAUGCCUGCCUCGAGAUGUACCCAGACUACGCUCUGGAACGGAGGGCCGUUAAAUUAUUCUUUGUCAUGGGGAUGGCCAUUUUGGGUCAUCGUCUGGAUUUGGACUACGGCUACGAGAGAGACGAGGACCCGGAACUUAGAGCGUUUGGCAUCCGCUGGUACAAAGACCUGCAAAAGUUGCUGGAUCAAGGGAAUCUGAGACCCCAUCCACUGAAGGAAUUGGAUGGGAAGUUUGAGGUUAUCCUGGAAGGCGUUGAGAUGUUGAAAAAUAAGGAGGUCUCCGGCCAGAAGCUGAUUGUAACUUUGGACGAAUCCUAA